AUGAUGAUCCCCAACUUGCUAAGCUCAUGUAACUUAUACGGUCCAGCUCCAUCACGAGUUACAACCACCAACAUGCCCAACGAACCGUCACAUCACCAAGCAUUAGUACUGGCAACCCGUAGAAAGCCACAGAAUCCCUUCGGUAACCAAGAGCCCAUGCCAUCCAUACCUUAG